CCGUUCGGCUCCGCCUCCGCGCUGUGACGACAUGGCGGCCCGGCUCGCGCGCGCAGUGGGAUGGAGGCGGCCGCGGGGCCCCGAGGAGGCGCUGGGGCUGCUGGAGGCGUCCGUGGUGCACCGGGAAGGAGCCGUGCUGGCGCUGAGCAAACCCCCCGGCCUGCCUGUGCUGGGACGGCCCGGGGAGCUGAGCCUGGCCGUGCUGCUGCCCGCGCUGCGGCGGCGCCUGGGGCUGCCCGCGGAGCUCCACGUGGUGAAGGCGCCUGCCAGGGAAUGCUCCGGUCUCGUCCUGCUGUCCGGCUGCCAUCGCACCACCGAGGAGCUGCAGCAGUUCUUCACCGGUGCCCGCCAGCGAGGCCAGUACCCAGCCACAUACCGCGCCGUCACUGUGGGGGUCCCAGCAGAGCCGGAGGGCGAGAUCCGCACCGGGCUGUGCUGGCAGCAGCAGGGUGACACCGCUGUGGUGGUGCCGGUGCUGGCGCCGGGACGGGGCAGGCUGGCCAGGAAGGAGGUGAAGAACACGCUGACACGGUACCGGGUGCUGGGCGCCGCGGGGGGCUGCGCCCUGCUCCAGCUCCAGCCCAAGACGGCCUUCCCGGAGCAGCUCCCGGUGCACCUGACGCUGCUGCUGUGCCCGGCCCUGGGUGACCACCAGCACUCGUCCCGGGUGGGCAAGGUGCUGGGGGUGCCCUUCCUCCUGCCCCCCGAGCCCACCCCGACCCGCACACAGAUGCUGGACGAGGCGCUGCUGCAGCGGUUGGGGCUCUCCCCACGGCAGCUCCGGCACCUCCCGCUCCACAUCCACCUGCAGGAGCUGGUGCUGCCGCAGGGCCCGAUCCGUGCCCCACCGCCACCCCCCUUCCUGCGCACCUUGCAGCGCCUGGGGCUGCCUGGGCACUCGGAGCUGUAGCACCCAGCGGGGGGACCCCCAACCUACUGCCUUGUGCCACCCCAUUAAAUCCCCACCUCUCGCUGUGGUGUCUCAGCACCCUUCUCCUGGGGACACAUCACCGCCGUCCCCGCACCGGUGACACCAGUGCCUGACCUGGUUCCCAGUGCUGGGGCGCAGCGGUGCCACCUCCGCCACGGCUCUGUCUGGCAGCCGUGACCGCAGGCGGGAGCGGAGGUGGCUUUUCCUGCGCCGGUUCCUGCCCGCAGCCCCACUUCCCGCCCCACAAAGAGGCCAAGCCGGUCAGGGUGUUUCAAAGCUGGGUUUCAUCGCCCCCACCAUGGUGGGUGGGAUGGGUGUCCCUGUGCAGUGACGGGUUCUGGUUGAGAUAAGGGGGAAGUGUUGCCGCUGUGUUGCCCCACUUAAGGUGGGCAGGAUGCUGCCCCCUCCUUCAUGGCCUUUAGCAUCACAGCUCUGCUGUGUGCCCCCGGGUGCUGUGCCCCCCCCUGCCCGCAGCACGGCUCUGCUGCCCGGGGCAUGCAGGUACGGGUGGUGGUGGCCUGUGGCUGGUGGAGCGGGUGCCCUGGCCCCACACUGGGGCAGAGCGACCUGAGCCCACCAGAGCAGGGGGCUUGGCUGUGGAGGCAGAGCCAGAGAAGGAGGAGCACAAUUGCCCUGGAGGAGCCGGUUCAACCUGUGCUGCUCCAGCCCGUGGAGAUGAGAGGUUCUGCCCCUCGGCUUGGGCACCAAAGGUGACUUGGGCACCACAGCACCGCGACCCCGGCGUCUCCAGGCUCUCACCUUGGUGGUGCAGGAUCCGAUGCCGGUGCCAUGGUUCACUGCCUGGUCCCACUGCAGCAGCCCAUAGUUGUACUGGCUGGUCCAGAUGAAGGUUGGCGCCUGGUCCCGCACUGUGGAGGACUGCAGGAGGGACAGAGGGGACUGGGGUGAGCUGUGCAGUCCCCAUCCCACCCUCACCCCCCGGCCCAGGCUGUGCCCUGCAUAGUCCAGCCCCGGCCCUCUCCACUAACCAUCGUGUGGAUGCCAUCGGGGUCCUCAUCAUUCCACUCGUCCUCCUCUUCCUCUGCCUCUUCAGGAGGCUCUGGGAUGUCCGCUGUGGGCUGAGCCCAGCAGGAUGCUGACCCUGGCUCUGGACCCAGCGCUGCCUCCCACUGCUCAUCACCUCCACUUUCCUCAUCCUCCUCCAGCAGCUUCUGCCCUGCUGCUGCCCCGCGCGGGUGCCCACCCUGAUGGUGCUGGAGAACUUCACCCAGCCCCGUGCCCGCAGCAGGUUGCGGAUGACGGGAUAUGAUCCCUGCACUGAGAAGAUCUUCUCUCGGGGAAGGACGCGAGCGCUCAGCCAUAAAUGCAAUAAACACACGUCCGUGGCA